AUGAAGGAUGAUGAGAAACCAGAGCUGCCGUGGGGGCUGGAUAGCUCAAAGCUCGCCAAAGGAUCCAAAGAUUCCAUCACCCAAGACAAAAUAAAGGGAUUCCAAAUCGGCAAUCAAACCAAGUCCCGUUUCCAAAAGCACAAGGAAGAGCAAGAGGCAAGGAAGAGGCAGGAAGAAGAGGAAGCCGCCAAGGUCUUCGAAGAUUUCGUCGCCUCUUUCGAGACUGAUGGAGCGGCAAAGCCCAAGGGCUUCGUUAGAGGUGAGGUGGUUCAGAAAGGGUCGAACCCGCUGGGUGGGAAUGCGGGCAUGCAAGUCAGACCGGGAGAGGUUUACAGCAUGGAACCACUCCGGCAUCAAAGGUGCAAGAGGAGGAGGAGGAGGAGGAGGAGGAGGAGGAGGAGGAGGAGUGAUAGUUCGCAGGCGCAGAAGACUGAGGAACUGAUCGCCUCGCACUUCCGGGACAAGGACAUGCCGCAGGGUUCGUUUGAUGAUGGAGAUGAAAACACAACGAACCUAUACGUUGGCAACCUUCAUCCUCAGAUCUCUGAGGAGAUGCUGAUGAAGGAGUUUGGGAAGUACGGGCCCAUUGCGUCUGUCAAGAUCAUGUGGCCUCGGACGGACGAGGAGAAAUCGAGACAGCGAAACUGUGGCUUUGUGAACAUGAUGGACAGAAAGAGUGCAGAGGCAGCCAAAGACAGUCUGAACGGGAAGGAGUUCUUCGGUCUGGAGAUGAAGAUAGGAUGGGGGAAGGCAAUGUCAAAGGGAGCUGUCCCCUGCUACGCGAUGAAGCCUGGCGAGAAGGAGGAGCCGGUCAUGUUCAGGAGGACGGGAGAGGUUACGGUGAGAUUCCCAAAGUCGAACGAAGUGCGGCAGAUGAUCGACAAGAUGGCGGAGUACGUGGUGAGGGAGGGCCACGAGUUUGAGAAGGCGAUCCUGAACCGAGAGAGAGAAAACCCGCUCUUUGAGUUCUUGUGGGACUUGGACUCUCGGAACGGGGUCUACUACAAGUGGAAAGUCUUCUCGCUCGCUCAAGGCGACUCGCUGACUGAGUGGCGCCGGAUGCCCUUCCAGAUGUUUCUCGGAGGAGUGGUGUGGACGCCUCCUGGGGACCUUGAGUCUGCUCCUGCUCCCCUGGAGAGGAAGAAAUCUCGCAGCCGGUCGAGGUCUCCUGGCCAUGGCAACAGCGGGGCUGCUCUGACAGACAGUGAGGUGGAGGAGCUCCAGUCGAUGCUUCGGAACAUGUCGGCAGAGCGAGAGCAGAUCGGAGACGCCAUGUACUGGUCGAUCCGUCGAGCUGAGGCAGCUCAGGAUAUCGUCGACAUCAUCACUCAGUCGCUGACCAUCCUCAAGACGCCGAUUCCCACCAAGAUCGCUCGCCUCUUCCUCGUCUCGGACAUCCUCCACAACAGCUCAGCCGCCGUCAAGAAAGCUUCCUUGUUCCGCACCUGCUUCGAGAAGGCGAUGCCGCACAUCUUCGAGGCUCUCGGAGAGAAGCUCAGGUCACCCGACGUUGGCAGGAUGACGGCAGAGGCGAUGAAGGAGAAGGUGUCGCGUGUGCUGCGGGUGUGGGAGGUCUGGUGCAUCUACCCCAACGAGAUGAUCCAGGAGCUGGAGGAUACCUUCCUCGGCAACCCCUCCGCCAAGGGUCCAGCUAAGAACGCGGCCGAGAGCCUCAGCAAAGUAGAAGCGGAUAAGGCGAUCGACGGGGAGCCAUUGGACGGAGAGCCGUUGGACGGAGAGCCGUUGGACGGAGAGCCAUUGGACGGAGAGCCAUUGGACGGAGAGCCGUUGGACGGGGAGCCGUUGGACGGGGAGCCGUUGGACGGAGAGCCAUUGGACGGAGAGCCGUUGGACGGAGAGCCUCUAGAUGGGGAGCCCAUGGACGAGUAA